AUGGACUUCGAGACUAAUGAAGACAUCAACGGGGUCCGUUUCACCUGGAACGUGUUUCCCUCUACCAGAAGCGACGCUAACAGCAAUGUCGUCCCUGUCGGCUGCUUGUACACUCCUUUGAAAGAGUACGAUGAAUUGAAUGUUGCGCCAUACAAUCCAGUUGUGUGUUCCGGGCCGCAUUGUAAGUCUAUCCUAAACCCUUAUUGUGUGAUCGAUCCGCGCAAUUCAUCGUGGAGCUGUCCGAUUUGUAACUCCAGGAACCACUUACCUCCCCAGUAUACGAAUCUGUCGCAGGAGAACAUGCCUCUAGAGUUACAGUCCACCACCAUCGAGUACAUCACGAACAAGCCCGUGACGGUCCCCCCUAUUUUUUUCUUUGUUGUGGAUCUGACUUCUGAGACAGAGAACCUUGACUCGCUAAAGGAGUCCAUUAUCACUUCGCUGUCUUUGCUGCCUCCCAACGCUCUCAUUGGGUUGAUCACUUACGGAAAUGUCGUUCAAUUGCACGAUCUGUCCAGCGAAACCAUUGACAGAUGUAAUGUAUUCAGAGGCGAUAGAGAGUACCAGCUCGAAGCGUUGACCGAGAUGUUGACGGGUCAGAAGCCUACUGGCCCCGGUGGUGCUCCAUCUCAUCUACCGAAUAGCAUGAACAAAGUUACACCCUUUUCCUUAAAUAGGUUCUUCCUACCCUUGGAGCAGGUCGAGUUUAAACUGAACCAGUUGCUGGAAAACCUGUCCCCGGAUCAAUGGUCUGUUCCAGCCGGCCAUAGACCAUUGAGGGCUACAGGUUCAGCUUUGAACAUUGCCUCUCUGCUUCUACAAGGCUGUUAUAAGAACAUUCCCGCAAGAAUUAUUCUUUUCGCCUCCGGUCCAGGUACCGUGGCCCCAGGUUUGAUCGUCAAUUCAGAAUUGAAAGAUCCAUUGAGAUCGCACCACGACAUCGACUCGGAUCACGCACAACAUUACAAGAAGGCCUGCAAGUUUUACAACCAAAUUGCUCAAAGGGUCGCCACCAAUGGUCACACCGUUGAUAUCUUUGCCGGUUGUUAUGAUCAAAUCGGUAUGUCUGAAAUGAAACAAUUGACUGACUCCACCGGGGGUGUGUUAUUAUUGACUGAUUCCUUCUCUACUGCCAUUUUCAAGCAAUCCUACUUGAGGCUGUUUGCCAAGGAUGAAGAAGGAUAUUUGAAAAUGGCCUUUAACGGUAAUAUGGCGGUCAAGACAAGUAAGGACUUGAAGGUCCAAGGUUUGAUUGGCCAUGCCUCCGCUGUCAAGAAGACAGAUGCUAACAAUAUCAGUGAAUCAGAGAUUGGUAUUGGCGCUACCUCUACUUGGAAAAUGGCUUCUUUGUCGCCCUAUCAUUCGUACGCAGUUUUCUUUGAAAUUGCCAACACUGCGGCUAAUUCAAACCCUAUGAUGUCUGCUCCUGGCUCAGCAGACAGGCCUCAUCUAGCAUACACUCAAUUCAUUACUACUUAUCAGCACUCCUCCGGUACAAACCGUAUUAGAGUCACCACUGUGGCAAACCAACUCUUGCCAUUUGGUACUCCCGCCAUUGCAGCUUCCUUCGAUCAGGAAGCUGCUGCCGUUUUGAUGGCGCGUAUUGCUGUGCACAAGGCUGAAACAGACGAUGGCGCUGAUGUUAUUAGAUGGUUAGAUAGAACUUUGAUUAAGCUAUGUCAAAAGUACGCAGACUAUAACAAAGAUGAUCCUCAAUCUUUCAGGUUGGCUCCGAAUUUUUCGCUAUAUCCUCAAUUUACUUAUUAUUUAAGAAGAUCCCAAUUCUUAAGUGUCUUUAAUAAUUCUCCGGAUGAAACUGCAUUUUAUAGACAUAUUUUCACAAGAGAGGAUACGACUAAUUCUUUGAUCAUGAUCCAACCAACCCUAACUUCUUUCUCUAUGGAAGAUGACCCACAACCUGUCUUGUUAGAUUCUAUUUCCGUUAAACCAAAUACCAUCCUAUUAUUGGAUACAUUUUUUUUCAUCUUAAUAUAUCACGGUGAGCAAAUUGCUCAAUGGAGAAAAGCUGGUUACCAAGACGAUCCACAAUACGCCGAUUUCAAAGCUCUCUUAGAAGAGCCAAAACUAGAAGCUGCAGAAUUAUUAGUGGAUAGAUUUCCCCUACCAAGGUUCAUUGACACCGAAGCCGGUGGUUCUCAGGCCAGAUUCUUGUUGUCGAAAUUGAAUCCAUCUGAUAACUAUCAAGACAUGGCCCGCGGGGGGUCUACAAUUGUCUUGACUGAUGAUGUGUCUUUACAAAAUUUCAUGACUCACUUACAACAAGUAGCUGUCUCUGGUCAAGCAUAG